AUGUCUGGGGAUUACAAUCUUCGUCCUCCCCAUUCGCCAGCUGGCGCACCGACCGGUCUCCACCGCAGCAGCUCCCCUGCCGCUGGAGCGCAGCGCUACUCGCCGGCUAGCAAGCCGACUGCUCAUCAGCAGUCGCAUCCGCAGCAGCACCAUCAUCAUCAUCAGCAACCUCAAAAGAGCCCGCUGCUGUCCCAGCAAGCGCUGCACUCGGCUGGCAUUCGCCCCAGCUCCGAGAUGCUAGGUAUGGCAGCGGCCCUGCAACAGCAGGGCAACACCGCCGAAUCCGAUGCUAUUGACAAGUGGUUCGAGGAUCUGCGUCACUAUGAAGCCACACUUGAGGAGAUGGCUGCUGCCUCUCUCGACCAGAACUUUAAAGAGGAGCUUUCUGCCAUUGAGCAGUGGUUCCGCGUUCUCUCCGAGGCUGAGCGCACAGCCGCUCUCUACUCGCUCCUCCAGGAGUCCACCCAGGUGCAGAUUCGCUUCUUCAUUACUGUUUUGCAGCAGAUGGCUCGUUCAGACCCUAUGAGCGCUCUGCUGAGUCCCAGCCAUCCUAACAACAUGGCCGACCAGAUGGAAGCAAAGCUAGCUUCCCUAGGGCUCAAAUCGCCCUCCGCCAUGAAAGCGCCUGCUUCGCCUGGCGGUCGCAACCUUCGCCAGUCGUCUGACGCGGCUGGCUUCCUCUCCCCUAAUCUUGCCAGCAUGUACGGCAACCCUCCAGGCAGCGCUGGCGUAGGCGGCGAUGCUGCCUCGAUGCUAGCUGCGCAGCGCGCCAAGCUCAAGUCGAAUCGCAUCUCCGCUCCGGGUCAGCUGCCUAGCGAUGCAAGCGGCCGCAACUUUAGCGGCGGCAGCCUUGACCAGGUCGCGGAAGGACAAGACGCCAGUGGGAACGCGGCAUUGCGACCCAAGAGCACUGAUGGUCUCAGCCAGGCCACAAAGAGCCCUCGUGCCAAUGGUCCUCUUGAUGAUCAACUCAGUCCCAUUCAAAGUGGCAGCUGGGCUAGCAUGGUCAACACGCCCCUCAUGCCCAUGUUUGAUGAGAAAGCCCAAAAAGGUCAAGGUGCGUCCAACGUCGAUUUGGAUGCCGCCACUGCUCAGCUCGCCUCGGUCGCCGGCGGCAACAAUGCGUCUCGCGUCAUGCUCGACCCAGACGUGGCCAAGUUCCGUCGUAAGAGCCAGCAAGGCGCGCCUGGCUCGGCAUCUCAGAACACCAAUGGGCAAAAUGGCAUUCACGGCGUGCUGUCCGGCAUGUAUGAUGCUGGGCACAGCCCAGGCGCCAGUCCCAAUUUGCCUGCAUCUGCCACUUCUCCAGGCCCUUGGAAUGCCACUCAGAACGACUUCCUACGCCAUGCCAUGGCCAAUGUCUCCCCCGCCGCUUCUCAGGGAGGCUUUAACAUGGCCAUGAGUCCCAACGCGCUCGCUGGACUUCAGAGUCCAAGCGGAGGUCUGGGCAACCCAGUGAACAUGCAAAUGAUGAACGCAAUGGCUGCCAUGGGUGGCCUAAGCAACAUGAGUGCCGCACAAUUCUUGGCCAUGCAGCAAUCGAUCUUGCAAGCUCAGACUCAGGCCGCUGCUGCAGCUGCCGGAUCCGCUUUCAGGCAGCCAGCUAGCGGACGCGGCAACUCUGCGUUCAGUGCUGGUCUCUCGCCUCCUGCCUCGAUGGCCAACUCGGGUCGCAGAUCACCUGGAACAGCACGCACGCCAAACACUGCUCGUAGCGGGGCCCCUAGCAGUGCUGGUCCUGGCGGCGAGGAAGAGGUGGCACCCUUGUCAGUUCUGGAAGAUGUGCCAGCCUGGCUUCGAUACCUUCGUCUUCACAAGUACACGCCAAACUUUGAAAAGAGCAACUGGAAAGAAAUGGUGCAGAUGGAUGACAAGGCUUUGGAAGAGAAGGGCGUGGCUGCUCUAGGAGCUCGCAGAAAGAUGCUCAAGACUUUCGAACUGGUCAGGGAGAAGCAUGGCAUUCCUCAUCCGCCUGGUCAUGUGCCUUCGUCUGCCGCGGCUACCACUACUGCCACUCCCAACGCGUCAUCGGAAGAGGCUCCUGCCCCGCCAGCAAAAGACACAGACGGCGCUUAG